AUGAGCCUGGCCCCGGCCACGCUGCUCCUGUGGGCGUGGGGGCGCCUCCAGGCCUUUGAGAUUGUGGAGAAAGAGAAUAUUUUUCAGAAGACGCCCUGCCCGGCUUUCCUGAUGUUUGACAACGCCGCCUACCUGGCGGACAUGAGCUUCGAGCUCCCUUGCCACUGCAAGCCGGAGGAGGUGCUGGCUGUGGUCUGGUACUACCAGAAGCACCUGGGGAGCAGCCACACCACGGUGCUGACCGACUUCGACGGGCGCGUGCUGACGGAGGCGGCGCACGUGCGCGCGGGCAGCGACGUGCUGCUGCGCUUCAGCAUCCGCAUGUUCAGCCUGCUGGUGUUCCGGGCGCAGCCGCAGGACUCGGGCCUGUACUUCUGCGGCACCCGCAAGGGGGACUACUUCUACGCCUACGACGUGGACAUCCAGAGCAGCGAGGGCAUGGUGGCUACCUUCCAGGACAAGGGCGAGGAGCCCCUCGCGGACGAGUCCCGCGGCAGCCUCCGCGUCUUCACCACCUUCUGGGAGUGGACGCCGUGCGACCGCUGCGGGGUGCGGGGCGAGCAGUGGCGCCUGGGCCUGUGCUACCUGCAGAGCCCGGGCCUGUCCCCGCGCUACCGCAAGUCGGUGCCGGACGUGGUGUCCUGCGGCUCGCGGGCCGUGCCGCGGAAGCUGCGCGCCGCAGCCAGGGACCACACACCCGAGGUGCUGGUCCGGAGCUGUCAGGAGCCCUGCACGAUGCGGAAGACGAUCCGCGGUGGGGUGCUGGCCAUCUACAACUACGUGUCCAAGCUGGGCAGCCGGCCCUGGGUGCCCCAGGUGCCCAUUCAGUUCCACCAGCAGAGACUGGGCCACGGGCUCAUCAUCUCCUGCCCCGGGGCCCGGCCUGAGCACGCGGUGGCCUGGGACAAGGACAACCAGCGCCUCUACCGCACGGAGUACCUGAAGGGCGUCAACAGGUCCAUGAGGGUGUUCAUCGACCACGGCAGCCACCUGCACAUCCGCUUCACCCAGCUGAGUGACCGGGGCAUCUACUACUGCUGGCGGCAGGGCGAGCGGGUCGCCGGCUUCCGGCUGGGCGUGACCACCCGCGGGCGCUCCCCGGCCUCGCUGUCCGACCCGGAGACGCGCGCCGCGGUGGAACUCACCCUGAUAGGCUACGUGCUCAUCACGCUGGUGUUCGUCAGUAUCCACCUCUGCCGCUGCUGCUGCUACUUGCUCCGCUGUUGUCCCAGCUUCUCCCCCUAGGCGCCCCCGCCCUGAAGACCGGCUGUGCU